AUGAUUAUCAGUUGGUCAUCGUCAUCAUUAAAUGGAACACAACUAAUAAGACAAUUUGGUCGAUGGUCAUGUGUUUCCAUUGAUAAAGAUUUAAAUAUUUAUACAGCACAGGGAGGUAAUCUACAGAUAUGGUUAGCACCAACAUAUAAAGAGUCAAUAUUUAAAAGAGUAUUUGGUGAACCAGAUAUUUCUGGAUCUUUACCAAUGGGAGCAUCUGAUAUUUAUAUUGAUUUCAAUAUGAAUUUGUUUGCAACUGAUCUUAAAAAUAAUCGAGUACGAAAAGUAUCAAAAGAUGAACAAGGUGGAGAAACAAUAUUCAAGACAAAAGUGCCUACAUUUGGAAUUUUUGGUGAUUGUUAUGGCAAUCUAUAUGCACUUGACACUGAAUCCUCAUUAAGAAUUUAUAAUGCAUUUGGAGAAGAAAUUAGUAUUAUGCAAAAUGCAAUCGAUAAUCCAUAUAAUUCUGACGAAUGGGAACGUAUUUAUAUGGGUUUUAAACCUGCAUAUGACGCUCUAGAAAAUUUCGGGAGUUUAGCUGUGGAUCAAAAAAAUGGUGAUCUGUAUGUAGUUAUGUAUGGUUACAACAGAGUGCAAAAGUUCACUUUAAUCUAA